AUGACCGCACCGCUGACCAUGAACACCACCGCCUGGACCGACGACGAGUUUGUUGCCCGCCGUGCCGAGAUUGAGCAACGCCUUGCGCGCGUGACGGAGCUGGAGCACAAGCUCGCGCAGCAGAACGCCACCUACACCAGCCCUACGGCGUCACAGCCGACGACUACGCCUGCGCCUACGAAGCCCGCCCCCCCUGCCGGGCCCGCAAAGAAGCCCCGCGGCGCCCCCAAACCGUUUGAUCCUUCCAAGUACACGACUCGCCUAGUCGCCCUGAAGUUUGCGUACCUUGGAAGCAAUUACAACGGCUAUGAGCACCAUGCGAACAACACCACGCCACUGCCGACGAUCGAAGAGGAGCUGUGGAAGGCGCUGAAGAAAACGAGGUUGAUUCUGCCAACGCCAAAGGCUGGGUUGAAGGAGGAUGACAUCAACUGGGAGGGCUGCGAGUACAGCAAGUGCGGGAGGACUGACAGAGGCGUUAGUGCCUUCGGCCAGGUCAUCGGCAUCCGGGUGCGCAGCAACCGCCCGAAACCCAAGCCCAAGAAGAAGCUGAAGCUGGAGGAUGGCACAGCGGCACAGGAAGGGAGCGCGGACGCUAUGGAAGGCGUCGAGACGGGAGCAGCUGGCGCGCCGGAGGAGGUGGAGGAGUACGAGGACCCGCCGUUUGACGACAUCAAGGACGAAAUGCCCUACUGCCGUGUCCUGAACAACGUGCUUCCGCCCGAUAUCCGCGUGCUAGCUUGGUGCCCCAGUCCGGGCGAGGGUUUCUCGGCCAGGUUCAACUGCAAGGAGCGCCGCUACAAGUACUUCUUCACGAACCCGGCCUUCGCGCCGACCCCCGGCCCUGCAGGCGUGUACAACGGCGGGGAGAGGAGCAUGCGCGAGGGCUGGCUCGAUAUCGCAGCUAUGCGCGAGGCUGCGAGCUACCUUGAGGGCCUCCACGACUUCCGCAACUUCUGCAAGGUCGACCCGGCCAAGCAGAUUACCAACUUCGAGCGUCGCAUAUUCCACACCUCCAUCGACCGCUGGAAUGGCGGGUCCGGUUUCGCCAAGUAUGCACAGAACCCCCAGUUUCAGAUUCCCGGCCUCGGAGCCGAAGACCGUGGAGCCGUCGUCCUCGGCGGCGGCGACGAUCACGACGAGAACGGGCCGGGCCUCUUCACCUUCAACGUUCACGGCUCGGCCUUCCUUUGGCAUCAGGUCCGGCACCUCAUCGCCGUGUUGUUCCUGGUCGGGCAGGGUCUGGAGAAGCCGACGAUCGUCAAGGAGCUGCUCGACGUCCAGAAGAACCCGACGAAGCCAAAGUACGAGAUGGCCACCGACACGCCGCUCGUCCUGUGGGAUUGCGUCUUCCCCGCUGAGCAGGAAGGACAUCCCGAACAGAGCCAGCCGGACGCGCUGAACUGGAUCUACGUGGGCGACGAGAGGGCAUUCAAGGGGCCGAGAGGCAAUGGCUUGGAGGAGAAGUUCGGUCACGGCGGUGUGAUCCCAGAUUUGUGGGAGGUAUGGCACAGAAGGAGGAUCGAUGAGGUUUUGGCGGGCAGUCUUCUGGAUCUGGUGGCGGCUCAGGGACCGCAGGACGGCAGUGAGGAGGGCACGGUGGUGAAGACGGGGAAGGGUUUAAGGAGCUCGAGACUGUUUGACGGCGGAGAUACCCCAAGGCUCAUGGGGCAAUAUGUCCCGGUCAUGAAGAAGGAGCGGAUGGAACCUGUUGAUGUUAUCAACGCUCGGUAUCUUGAGCGAAAGGGCUUGGAUAAGAAGGCUGUUGCUGCAAGGCAGGAGGAUGCUGAUGAGUAG